AGUAACAGUAUUUAACAAUUGCAAUGAAUAUCAUAGCAUUAAAACUAUUGCUUACAAUUUUCCCGCAUUUUUCUUUAAUUGCACAGAUAUUUAAAAAUAAUUUUAUUCAAGAUGGCGUAUUUAUUCAUUGUCAUAAUAAUUCGCAAGUAAUUGUACUGCAAAAAGCAUUUAAUGAUGCUGGAAUAAAAAUGUUGGCUGUAAAACACGAUGACUUUAAUAAAUAUAGAAUUGAUAUUAAAAAAAUAAAAAUUGGAAUAAUACUGGAUGCAUCAUGUAAAGGAUGGAUAAAUGUGUUCCAAGCUUUUUUAAAUUCCAACCAUAGUAGAAUUCAUUGGAUCAUAAAUACUAACAAUAUAAAUUCAACGACACAAAUUUUAUCUCAAUUGUAUCUUAGAAUUGAUUCGAAUGUUUUAUUAAUUCAUAAUAAUAGCAAAGGUAUUAAUUUGCACGAAGCUUAUAAUACAGAUUAUAAACGAAAAGGUAAUUUCGUUGUUCGUAAUGUAGGAUUUUGGAAUUCAUCUUUAUUUACGUGGAAACAAAGUCGUAAUUUACAAGGUGCGACAUUGAAAUGUGUAUCCGUUAUUACCGACCGUUUGAAGAACGAAACUUAUAUGCAUUUUCUCGAACAAUCGAGACACGACAAGACGGAUACUUUGCACAAAUUAAAAUUUUAUACGGUCAUUCGUUACUUACAAGAUAUGUAUAAUUUCAGUGUUGAAGUGCAGCGUACUAACUCGUGGGGCUAUUCGCACAACGGUAGCUUCGAUGGUCUCAUUGGUGCUCUGCAGCGUCGGGAGGCAGAGUUCGGAUGUUCGCCAGUCUUGUUCAAAAUAAAUCGCGCCGAAGUAGUCGACUAUGUUGUCCCAACGUGGCAAACAAAGCACACAUUUUUAUUCCGCCAGCCAAAGUAUCAAGCAAGUUAUUACUCUGUGUACACUCGCCCGCUAGAUGGCGUUGUUUGGCGUUGCAUGUUGGGAGUUCUCUUGGUUGCAGGAUUAACUUUGAACUUGAUAUUAAAAGUAAAAAAGACGAAUUUUUUCAUUGACGGAAGAGAUUCAUCUCUGAGUUUAAUAUGGUUGUUAAUUUGCAGUGCUGUUUGUCAACAAGGUAUGCCGGUAAAUAAAAAUGCUGUUUCUGCGAGAAUAAUAAUAUUUGUGACAUUCAUGUUCUCAAUGAUGGUCUAUCAGUUUUACAAUGCGAACGUAUUGUCGAGUUUGCUCAACGAACAGUACUCCUACAUACGUAACCUCAACGAUUUGCUGCACAGCGAUCUAAAAGCUGGAGUCGAAGAUAUGCCAUUCAAUAAAGAUUACUUUAAGCGUACAACAGACCCCGUAUCCUUAGAUUUGUAUAAAGCUAAGAUAGCCACAGACAAGCACUAUAAUUUCUUUGACGCGGAGUACGGUAUGGGACUGGUGAAGCGUGGCGGCUUCGCUUUCCAUGUUGACACGUCUGCAGCAUACGCUGUCAUGAGGAAGACGUUCUCUGAGCGAGAGAUAUGCGAAGUGGGUGAAGUGCAGCUGUUUCCGCCGCAAUAUGUAGGCGCUGUGGCGGUCAGAGGUUCCCAGUAUAGAGAGUAUAUUGCUGUUGGAGUUAGUAAGCUAUUGGAAACUGGUCUGAUGAAUAGAAUCAAAUCAAUCUGGGAGAGUCGCAAGCCGCCGUGCGCUAAACAACGUUACAGCACUAUUAUGGCUGUUAAUAUUCGAGAAUUUUCUAUGGCCUUACUAUUUUUAUUAUGGGGUUGUAUGUUAUCUUUGUUUAUUUUAAUAUUGGAAAUCUUUGUGCAUAAAAUAAAACGACGAAAUAUGGGUAGGACACACUUAAAAAAAUUAAAGCCAUGGGGUGAAACUUAUAGUUCAUAAACGCUAUCUAAAGAAGAAAAUCACUUUUUUAAAUUAGUGAUGUAGCAGAUAUAAGUGUAGUGUAGAAUUUCAUUCAUUAUAUUUCGUUUGUCAGAUGAUUUGAUUUUUUA